AUGUGUGUCGACAGCAGGGCCAUUAACAAGAUCACCAUUGGGUACAAAUUUCCUAUUCCCAGGCUGGACGACAUGCUUGACCAACUUAAUGGAGCUAUAGUUUUCUCAAAGAUUGAUCUCAGGAGUGGAUAUCAUCAGAUCAGGAUCCGUCCCGGAGAUGAAUGGAAGACAGCUUUCAAGACUAGAGAUGGCCUGUUCGAGUGCAAGGAUGGUGUGAAAGUAGAUGAAGAAAAAGUGAAAGCCAUUAGGGAGUGGCCAACCCCAUCCACUGUCACAGAUGUCAGGCGUUUUCAUGGGUUGGCAACCUUCUAUAGGCGCUUUAUUAAGGAUUUUAGUAGUAUCAUGACUUCCAUUACUGAAUGUUUGAAAAAGG